AUGUCUAACGAGGUAGCAUUUAACAGUCUCGAAAAAGAUGAUGUGAAAAUUGCCUUCGAUGACUCUCCUGAUGCCCCUUUGAAGCCGACUGAAAAAGAAAUUGCCGCUCACAGAAAAACACGCUUGAUCCUCGUGGCAUUGUUCGGUGUUGUCGUUCUAGUGCUUGUCGUCGUGGCUAUAGUUAUUAUAGCAGUGUCUCCUCGUUGUUCACCUAAAACGACUCCAGCUCCCGGUAAGGCAAACGAAACGGACGACGAUUCGUGGUGGAAGCACGCGGUCAUUUACCAACUUUACCCUCGAUCUUUCUUUGACAACAGCGGUGAUGGAAAUGGCGACUUGAAGGGGAUUUCUAGCAAGUUAGAUUACUUUGCUGAGCUGGGAGUUAAUGCUCUGUUGUUAAACCCGAUCUACAAGUCCAACGGAGGCUACGAUGUUGAAAACUACACAAGUAUCGACACGUUGUUCGGAAACAUGGACGAUUUUGAAAAUCUUCUGAAGGACGCUAAAGAGAAAGGGCUGAAAAUCAUCAUGGAUUUCGUUCCCAAUCACACUUCAAAGAAACAUCCUUGGUUUGAGGAAAGCAAGAAAAGCAAAAAUGAUGCAAAGAGAGAUUGGUAUAUUUGGCGUAACGGAACAGGAGAGAACGGAACAGAACCCCCAAACAACUGGCUUAGUGUAUCCGGCGGCAGCGCCUGGACAUACGACAGCGCUAGCAAGCAAUUUUAUCUUCACCAGUUUAAAGAAGAGCAACCUGACUUGAAUCUGAGAAACCAAGAAGUGAAAGAUGAACUGAAGAAGGCGAUGAAGUUUUGGCUUGAUAAAGGGGUCGAUGGUUUCCGAUUCGACUCGGUGCAGUACUUCGCGGAAAGCGAGAAAUUUGAAAACGAAUCUACGCUAGCUGGUUACAACGCCUCAAAUCCCUUGUACGACUUUCUGGAUCAUAAAUUCACUUUCGGUAAGUAAAUUCAUACAGUUUAUUCUUCCCUGACUUAGUAAUACCGAUGACAGUUUCUAUCGUAGGAGAGUUCAUAUAAAAUCGAUUUACAGGUCAUUCAUUUCAUAGUCCUGCUGCGCUCCCUACCCCCUCCCCCCCCGCCUCACCCGACCUUAGAUGAGGUAUUUAGGAAACUUUUCACGCGGCUAGUAGGAAUGUGCAAUAUUUUUUCCAUCUUGUACUGCAUGAUUAAUAUUUUAGGAAAAUCUGUGUGGCUUACCAUCUAUUAUAACUGAAUGCGCACUUUUCUUCAUCUUAUUUGGAACUCUUGUCAGGUUUGCAAAUGCUUGGAAAGAAUCAGUAGUGAAAACAUGCACCAGUCUCUUGCUGACAAUAGUAUUGUUUGCUGUUAUACAGUGUAAAUUCCAAUGACAUCCGUGUGGUUGUAGUGUGUGAUUGUUUUCAAAAUUGCAAAUCUCCCCAUCUAUUUUGUCAAACAUAAAUUAAAACAAUCCUCUCCAUAGGCAUACAUGUAGAAUCUAGUCCAUCUCUGUUAUAUUCUGGGGUAUAUUCCGAUGACAGUUGCAUUGACAUAAGUAAAAGUGGCUGGUUGCAAGCCCUAGGAUUUCAAAUCCAAUUUCAUGCCCAAAGAUCAUGGGAAAACAUCUGUAACCAUGUUUUGGUCGCAUGAAAAUUUAUGGGAACCCAACUUAAUUUUUGUAAGUCAUAUAUUCUUUUUCUUGGCACUGGAAACCUUAAACCAGUAACAUGCAAUAAUGAUAUAGUACCAGAAAUUUUGCAUUUUCCUGCUUGUUUCAGGUCUUGAUGAGGAUCUUACAAUCCUGCAGGAGUUCAUUGAUUCUCUGAAAAGCGAUGGAAGUAAUCCUCUCCUGAUCGCUGAAGUGAGCGGUGAUUACAACAAAACAUCACUUUAUUUUGACAAGGUACAGAUGCCAGAAAACCUGGGCUUGAUCUCCAUGGUAAAACGCACUGGCAUGACCCUGUCUCAGGGAAUCUUUCACACUAUUAGAGAAUACACGAGUGCUCUCCCGAAAGGCAAGACUCCAAACUGGGUCAUUGGCAACCUUGAUGAAGUUCGUGUUGGGAGCCGUGACAAUGUGGGUAGUGUUAACCGGAAUGCAAUGAAUGCCCUUUUACUCACCCUUCCAGGGGCUGUUAUGUCAUAUUAUGGUGAAGAGAUUGGCAUGCUGGAUGGCAGCAAAUCCAGCGCAGAUAGUCAGAGAACUCCAAUGCAGUGGGAUAACUCAGCCAAUGCUGGUGGGUAACUCUUUCUUGACAGAAAUGUGUCAUGUCAGUGAAUACGUGAGAAAGAUGUUUUAUUCAUUAAGUAACACAGGUAGCUCGGAAGAAAAAAUCUGAGUACUCCCAAUGGCAGUCGAGCCAAUGACCUUCUUGUCACUUGUCACUACCACUGAGCUACAGGAUACUCAUUGGAGCUAAGGCCAUUAAACCAUGUUUUUGUGACAAAAAUCCUGCUUGCUGCUAGGACUAAAAUGUCAAUAUUUGCUUAUGCACAGUAACAGAAAUGUGGCAUUGAAUUGUAAGGUCUUAACAUAAACAAACUGUCUAGACAAAUCUCAACUACUUGUUAGUCUAGUUCCAAAGAAGAGUCCUGAGUUCAACAAUGUCACAUGACAUAAACAUGUGAUAAUUGUCACAACGUACAUAAUGUAAUGCAACUCUAAAUGUCACUAACAAGGUCGUGAAAUAUUACAUGGGAGAGGUGUUUUUCUCAGUCAAUGACAUGGGCAGCGUGGAAGAAAAAUCAGAGUACUCUCAACAGGAGUGUAACCUAUGACCUUCCACCUUAUUGGUAGUAAAUUUCGUGGGUCUUUGGGGUUUUUCGCAAUUGUAAAAAAAUCGUGAAAUUAAAGACCUGCGAAAAUAAAUCCUUAGGAAAUUUAAUACCCAUAUAGAAAAUUAAAAGCAGAAUUAAGUUGUAAUAGUGACAGUAUAUAGAGGAUAUGUAUGGGCCAACACAAAUUGUUAACUGGUUUUACUAGUAACCUCAAAUUUGUAUCUUCACUUUUGAAAUAACAUUAGUUUGCAAAGAUUUCACCCAUAAGUUACAAGUUCCUGCUCAUCUAAAAAUUUUUAAAGGUUCAGACUUAAAAAAAAAUGCUUACUUUGCAAAGUUUAGUGCCCUUUUUUUUUAUAUUUGCCUGUUAAAAUUGCGAACCCUGCAAAAUACUGUCUCGUCAAAAUCGCUAAAUUAUGUACCAGUGAAAUUAACUACCAACAAGGUGGUUACUAGUCCAGAAGUUCCACCACUGAGCUACAGGAGACUCAGUGUGCUUUUUAAAAGUCAGAACUGGCAUGCCGGACCAUGGCCGGACCAGUCAUUUUGACAAAGCAAUAAGCUUUUUCCAUGAGUUUUUGCUGAAAAAUCAUCUCCUUUGUGCAUCUUAUUUAGGAUUUGACAUAUCUCAGGGCACCCAACGGCAAUUUUCGGUAAAAUAUCUGUUCGGAAGACGAUUUGAGAACUAGAAUUUUCGGAACAUUUGUUGUAAAAUUUCUUGCUUGCCUGCCUCUCCUAGGAUUUUCGAACAUCUACAAAAUGGUAUAAUUACCCAUUUUAAACGGAUAUUUACCCUAAAAAAGGCCACCUAGAAUUUUCGGGAGGCUUUUCCGGGCUGAAAUUUUCGAAAAGGUAAGUUUUGAUCCCUAUAAUUUUCGGAUCACUAGACUUUCAGCUAGGAAAUCCGAACAGAUGAAAAGUUUUUAGGGGAUAAAAAUAUGCCUAUAUCUACCGUUUAAAUACGAAAAUACGUUCAACAAUGUUAUGUUAAGUGGUUUUGAACUAUAUCCUCGUUGGGUGCCCCUGAUAUCUGGCUGGAUAGUUUUGAUUAAAAGUGAAAGUCUCUUAACGACAGGAAUGGUCUGGCUGGUCAGUUCUUACAAAUGGAAAGCGUCAUUACAUUUUUAAACCUUAUUCAGUCCCCUGCAUGACUAGCUAUGAAAUUCUAGUUGCCAGCUCUCAAUAAUAGUUUUAGGCACAUUGGCAACCAGCUGGUUACAAUUUCGGACCCUGACAAAUUACUUUGUGUCUUAUAUAUAACACUGUUAUUAAGUAACACGUUUACACUAAAUUACUGCAGGUUUUACCAAUGGCACACCAUGGCUGGAAGUCAAUUCAGACUACAAGACUUUUAAUGUGAAGACGGAGAAGGCCGAUCCUAAAUCAUUCUACAGCAAUUAUGUCAAGCUGGUAAACCUAAGGAAGAAACCUGCCUUUGCCAGUGAUGAUAUCAAAAUCGUUCACAUAGAUAAAGAAGUGCUCUCUUAUACCCGUGGUAGCGACGCCGACCAGUACCAUGUUGCCAUCAACUUCGGAGAGGCCAUGUGGACAGAUGAUUUUGAACGUCUUUCCGGGAGAGGCGUGGUUGUCUUUGAUAGCGAAGGUGAGCAAGAAAACUCUCAAGUGGAUGUGAACAGAAUCAAGCUCAAUGUUGGUCAGGUUCUUAUCGUGAGUAGAGGCAGUGAAAAGUGGUAUGAAAAGUAAUAACUGGAAGACAUCCAUCACAUUACCUCCUGCAUAUUUAUGAAUUUCAUGCUUAAUUAGGUGCCUUUGAAAUUUAGAAAUAUCAGCCAGUAGUAACAACUGCAACUCUGAAGCUAUUCAGUGCUAUGAAGUGGCUGUAAAUGAAUUUCAUGCUCAAUCUCUUUUUAUUUUGCUUUGUUUUUUCAUCAUUCUUGUUGAUGGCCAGUGUCAUGUAAUUUAAAC